AUGUGUAGUAGGUGGUUAAACAAUCUGAUAUUGGUCUUCGCUUUGCUUAGAACAGCAACUUCAUUCAAUAGUAUUUGUUACUACAGAUUGGAUGAAGGUCCAUGUAGAGCUUUGGUGCCACGGUAUUUUUACAAUUCAACUGUUGGAAAGUGUGAGAUGUUCAAAUAUGGUGGUUGUGAAGGAAACGAAAACAACUUCUUCACUGAAGAAGAAUGCAAUAAAACUUGUGAAAAAAAUAAACCAUUCGAUAGGAAUGAUUGUAAACUACCUGAAGAUCCUGGUAUAUGUAGAGCUAUUUUCAUCCGUUAUUUCUACAAUAUAAGUUCAAACAAAUGUGAAAAAUUUAGUUACGGAGGUUGCUUAGGCAACAGAAAUAGAUUUGAAAGUUUGGAAGAGUGUAAGGCUAAAUGUGAAACACAAAUUGGUCGCUCAUUGUAUCCUGAAUCACCUCCGGAAAGAACUACGGAAAAGAUACCGGACACAAGUACAGAAGAAAAAAGAAACUUAACCUACCAACAAGAAUAUUUAUCGGUUUAUUACAUACUAAAAAAAUGUUAUCAAAUUUAUUCAGUAGGUUUAAAGGAUGAAUGA